ACAAUUAUAUACUUAAGGCCCAGUUUUCUUGAUCCUUUACUCCCUACCAUCAGUGAAGUCUGGUUUAAUCCUCACCUCAUCCUUAAGGAUGUAUAGAUUUCGACACCUGCUGGAUUUGGUACUCUUCCUUGAGCAGGGAGUCUAUCGAAAACAACCUCUCUAUCCUCAAGGUAGGGGUAAUGUCUAUGUAUACACUACCCUCUUUAGACUCCACUCAUCGGAUUAUACUAGGUUUGUUGUUGUAGUUGUUGCUGGAUUUGGUACUCUUAGGUGUCCAGGGUUCAAUAUUGAAAUAAUUUCAAGGCUUGAAAUCGUGUUAGAUGUUAUAGAUAUUACUUCGAACAAGGACUAUAUUUUUGCUUUUCCAUAUUGUAAUUGCCUAUUUUGGCUUCUAGCACAAUGUGCUGAUUAUUUUUUGAAUAUGCUGGACACUUCACCUUCUCAAAAAAAAAAAAAUUACUUCGAACAACUUAUUUUUGUAACUGCAUAUUUACAAUAUGGCCAUUAACCCUAGGAUAGAUUUCUUGAAGUAAGCUAUAAGUUUGGUUAAAGUUGGAUGAGUACCAGUAAAUGACUCUGUCAAUAUAGACGAUUUAUUUUCAGUUUUGGCUUCAAUAGUUCAUUCUAUGAUGCUAUUGAAGUGAAGAUUCUUAGAACCCCAAGUACACUGAUGGAGUAGCUCUGCCAACCAUUUGGUGAUCCUUUCGAAUUUUGUUGAAAUUUCAUUGCUACUCACAUUUUCCCCGUGUUACAUAUCCAACAAAUAUGUGCUGCCAAUAAAUGCUCACUUUUUUUAUAAUAUUUUGUAGACUUCUUGGUUACUCACAUUUCCCCAUAUUACGUAUCUAACAAAUACAUGCUGGAGUGGGAAAGGGGAGACAAUGGUGUAGACGUGGAACAGGUCAUACGGAAUUAUAUACGGGCCUUGAAUUUGAACUUAACAGUUAACACAUCAAAACUACCCUUAGUUAGCCAUCAUCUCUAAUCUGUAAUGUGGCAUGUUAAUUUUUUUGUUCAGCUAUUGGCUAUUCUAUCAUUUAAUGAACUUGGAAAUCUUUGUUUAGUUUUGAGUUUCUCUUUUAUAGCAACAAGAUUGCAAUAUCUUUUUAUAACAGGUAUCUCUUUUUCCUAUAUAACUCAACAAAUUCUGCUGAGAGUGUAACUUUAUUUUUCUCUUAAAUUUGUUUCUUUAUGCUGUGAGUACUGUGUGAAAAUGUUGUCUUAUUAGGAAGAACAAGCUUCUCCGAGUUGUUUGAUAGGUGUAGUGUAGGAUUCCGAUGUCCUAUUUCUAUCCUCUCUUUGAAAAAUAAGCUUAUAGGGUCUAUUUCUUCAGUUAACGUGUUAUAUAAUGCAGAUUUCUCUGUCAGGUUGUGUUUUAAUAUAUCUGAAAAUUAAUGGCUUCUAUUGAACAACUAAAUUUUAAAAGUAAUGGACCCUAAUAUUACUGAUUGUCUGAAAGGCAUGCCAAUCCUUCUUUAUAACUUGUAAGUGUGUCUGAGGUUAUAAGUUUUUGCUCGCAAGCUGCACAUUUUGUUGAUAUAGUUUUUAGAAGAUACAAAUGACUGUGUUGAUCAGAAGUUGUAAAGUUUUCCUCUGCUGUUACAAGAAUUUGCAUGCUUUCAUUGGCUUCUUUAUUAUGGUACUUUCUGAAAUAAAAUACGAGUUCUGUAUCAAGUAUGGACUUUGUGAAUUUUUUCAUACUAUAGUAAUUUUAGACAUACAUGCCCCGUGGACUUGAUAUGUUCACACUCCUAAAUUCCUUUUGCCAUUGCUUUUGAUGUUGCUUCUCUGCCGUAUUGGUAGUGAAUCAUAUGACUGCAACUCUUGUCUUGAGCUGUAUGUCAGGGUGUUUGGAAGUCCGAGUGGACAAACUGUUAUAUUGUCUUCACCCGAUAGACAUUUUUCCUUGUUUAUGCAGUACAAGGACCUGAAACGAUUCUUCCUGUCAGCGUUCUACCAUGUGAACGAUUCUCACCUAGUCUACAAUAUGCUUUCUCUUCUGUGGAAGGGGAUACAAUUGGAGACAUCAAUGGGAAGUGCAGAAUUUGCAUCGACGGUUGCGGCCUUAGUUGCUAUGUCCCAGGGCAUUACACUAGUACUUGCAAAAUCACUUCUUUUGUUCUUUGACUACGAGAGACCCUACUACAAGGAAUAUGCUGUGGGCUUUUCUGGUGUCCUCUUUGCUAUGAAAGUUAUUCUCAAUGCACAAUCAGAUGAUUAUACAUAUGUGCAUGGGCUGCUGGUGCCUACUCGAUACGCUGCGUGGGCAGAACUCGUUCUCAUACAAAUGUUUGUACCUGGUGUCUCAUUUCUUGGGCACCUUGGUGGAAUACUUGCUGGCCUUCUGUUUUUGCAUUUAAAAGCUUCGUAUUCAGGUGCAAAUCCACUAAGGAACGUCAUGAGAGGUCUUACCCAUGCACUGAGCUGGCCUUUAAGGUUUGUGAAGUGCUUAUUCCGAAGCCAACCAAGGAUUGCUGGUAGAGGAACCGUUGGUGGCAGUCAGACAAGAGAUACAUCUCAAACGUGGAGAUGCGAAGCAUGUACAUUUGAUAAUUCAGGCUGGUUAAGUGUUUGUGAAAUGUGUGGCACAAGUCGUACUGAUGAUGGGUUGUCAUCUCUUAGUUCAACAGAUGAGAUUCAAGACCUAUCAUUGGAAGAAUUACGGCGUCGCAGAAUUCAAAGAUUUGGUAGAUGAUGAGAAAGAUUGGCUCAAAUGAUCAUAGAUGCUAUUAUAGCUUUCUCUGAAAAUAGUCACGUCAAAGUAGGGUAGUAGAGGCCUGGAAUUCCAUAAAGGGUAUCUUGUGGAUAAUCACUGUGCUUAAUAGCAGUUAAAAAAAAACAGUAAUUACCUAAUACUGUUUGGUACAGGAGGCAUGUCUCCAUUAAGUUUGUAGAAGAGAUAGUAGACUUUAGAAGCAUGCAAGUUGUUCCAUGGACAGAACAUUUUGGCACAUUGUGUUACUUUUAUCUUGUCAUGAAACCGAAGGGCUCGUUAUCGGACGUAAAACCUUCUGUUAUGUCCUUAAGAAGUAAAAUUUUCUGCUAGCUUCCAUGUCAUGUCUUGUCUUCUUGAUCGUGGCAUACUGCCAGAAUGUCAUAUGUGACCAGUUUGAUUGACCUUGCCAAUAGAGGUUUUAGGUUUAUCUGAUGAACAUACUGCAAUUUAAAUAAGAGAUCAACGUGAAACAUUUCUGCAACUGAA